UAAAAAAAAAAAUACCAUUAAAAAUGAAAUAUAUUGCAAUGAGACUUCUGCAAGUCCACCUGCUCCUAGGAGUCACCAGCGCUCUGGUCAUUCAGUCUGUGCCCUGGAAGGUCCCUUGUCCUCGGCAAUGUGUGUGCCAGAUCAAGCCCUGGUAUUCUCCUCGCUCGGUUUAUAAAGAAGCCCCCACAGUGGACUGCAAUGACCUCCUGCUCUCUCGCUUGCCAGAUUCCCUGCCUGCCGAGACCCAAACUCUUCGGCUGCAGAGCAAUCUGAUCAGCUCCCUCGACCAAACAGAGCUCCAGAGGAUAGCAAACUUGACCGAACUCGAUCUCUCUCAGAACAGCUUCACCAGCGCACGAGACCUACGCAUCGCUGGAAUGCCCAGACUCCUCAGUCUGCAUCUGGAAGAGAACCAGUUCCGGCACCUCCCAGAGGCUGCCUUCUCAGGUUUCCCAGGCUUGCAGGAGCUGUAUCUCAAUCACAACCAGCUGAGGAACAUCUCCCCUGGGGCUUUCACCGGCUUGGACAACCUUCUCCGACUUCAUCUCAACUCCAACCGCCUUCGCGCGGUCGACCGCCGCUGGUUCCAUGCCUUACCUCAUCUGGAGGUCCUGAUGAUCGGAGGCAACCCUGUGGAAGUCAUCCAAGACCAAAAUUUCAAGCCACUGGGGUCCUUACGCAGCCUGGUCCUGGCUGGCAUGGGCCUGAGAGAGCUCUCAGAGUGGGCAUUAGAAGGAUUAGCCAGUUUAGAGAGUGUUUCAUUCUAUGAUAACCGUCUAACCAAAGUACCCAAAGAGGCCCUGCAGAAGGUACCUGGGUUGAAGUUCCUGGACCUGAACAAGAACCCAAUCCAGCUGGUUCUGCCUGGAGACUUCAGGGAUAUGCUUCAUCUGAAGGAGCUAGGACUGAACAACAUGGACGAGUUAGUUUCCAUAGAGCAGUCAGCCCUAGAGAAUCUGCCUGAGCUAACCAAACUGGAGAUCACCAACAAUCCACGACUAUCUUAUGUCCACCCACAGGCUUUCCAGCGCCUGUCCAGCAUGGAGAGUCUGAUGCUUAAUAGCAAUGCCUUGAGCGCUUUACACAGACAGACCAUACGUUCCUUACCUGGUCUCCAAGAGAUCAGUCUGCACACCAACCCGAUCCGUUGCGACUGUCUGAUCCGUUGGGUGGGUGCUGAAGACGAUAGGUCUGUCCGCUUCAUUGAGCCUCAAUCCACGUUCUGCUCAGAACCGCCAGAGCUCAAGGCAAGAAGGGUGAAGGAGGUCUCUUUUAGAGAGAUGGCCAACAGCUGCUUGCCUUUAAUUGCCCCAGGAACUUUUCCUUCUCAUGCACGGGUCAGGCUUGGAGAGACCCUGUCUCUACACUGUCGGGCCUUAGCAGAACCAGAACCCAGCAUCUACUGGGUCUCUCCCACAGGCCAAAGACUUUCCCCAUCUGAAAGUUAUGGACGGUACAAGGUUGGAUCGGAGGGUACUCUGGAGGUCUUUGGAGUUACCCUAGAAGAGGCAGGUCUUUACACUUGUGUGGCACAGAAUUUGGUUGGGGCCGACACCCGCAGUGUUGCUGUGAAGGUUAUCGGGGUCGGGAAGUCUUUGAUAAGUAGUAACAAGAGAGGCGGUAAUAGCAUAAUUCUGCAGGCACGGGAAGUCUCAACACGAUAUGCUCUGGUUAGCUGGCCAUCUAGACAAAACGUUCCAUCAGCAUGGCUGUCCUGGUUGGAUAACAGAAGUGCUGAAGGCCAACACAGUGCCCGACUGCUAGCGGGAACUCGAGGCUUUAACCUGACACACCUGAGACCCAACACCCAGUACAGAGUGUGCCUGCACCUUGGUCCAGACGAUACCUCCUGUCUUCAUCUCAGGACUAAAGAAGCCACAGCAACUGCUGUAUCUCCAGACCUGACCCCUGCAGCUCUACUUGCGACCUCUGCUUUGCUCCUGCUGCUGGCAGUCAAAGCUUGCCAAGGAGGGCCCUCUUCCUGCCUGAAAGAAGAGGACUGCCCAUGGCAGGAACAAUCAGAGAAGCCAAGCGUCUGCUCCCCAGUGCCCACAGCAGGAGAGUGCCAUCUGGACAUGCAGCAGUCUCAGACGCAGAGCUCGGAUAAAGACUGCGGCAGUGUUGACAAUGUUCAGAACAUUCAGCCACAGUCGUGCUGAGUCGGACAGCCCGCACCUGUGAUGCUACACCAACACUGGUCUCAACGAUCCCCUAUACCA